AUGUUUGUCUGUUUCGCAAAAUCAAACCUCCAUUACGUCUUACUAGAGCCAUUGAUUUCCGUGAUGAGGGAAUUCGGAGGCGUGGCAGUCAGUGGUGGUUCAAGUGGCUCUUGGAAGGGAUUAAGGUGGUGUGGAUUCGACGACGGUAGUGGGAGAAAAAGGAGGGUUAACCAAAAAUCACAGUUUAGGUUUUCAGGUUCUACCGAGAUCAGCAGUGAUAGUCUUGUUCCACUUCUUCGUGCACCAUGCACUCCAAUUGGAAAUGAAACAUAUGCUCUGUGGGAGAAACGUGAAGCUCUUUUGUGCAUUGAAAGCACAUCUAAUUUUGUCCAUCGAGAUAGAAUAUACCAUGAUCAGGCUCUUGAAUGA